UCUCCCCCAAUUGGCAGCGAGCAUUGAGGCGGGAGGUCACCCUUCAAGGCGGGGCUGACCUCCGGCAAGGGCCGGCCACCAAUCAGGAUGCGCCGCCCUGAGGGGGGCGUCGCUCAUGCGCAGCAGAACCAAGCGCUUAAAAGGCGGCUCGAGUAGCUUUUCUACCGCAUUUCCUUUCGUCGGGUAAAGAGAAGCGCUAAAAUGGCGAGAACCAAGCAGACCGCCCGCAAGUCCACCGGAGGCAAAGCUCCCAGGAAGCAGCUGGCCACCAAGGCGGCCCGCAAGAGCGCCCCGGCCACCGGCGGCGUCAAGAAGCCUCACCGUUACAGGCCCGGUACCGUGGCUCUCCGUGAGAUCCGUCGCUACCAGAAGUCCACCGAGCUGCUCAUCCGCAAGCUGCCCUUCCAGCGCCUGGUCAGGGAGAUCGCUCAAGAUUUCAAGACCGACCUGCGCUUCCAGAGCUCGGCCGUCAUGGCUCUGCAGGAGGCCAGCGAGGCUUACCUGGUCGGCCUGUUCGAGGACACCAACCUGUGCGCCAUCCACGCCAAGAGGGUCACCAUCAUGCCCAAAGACAUCCAGCUGGCACGUCGCAUCCGAGGGGAGAGAGCAUAAGCUUUCCUUCUCGCACCACAACGGCUCUUUUAAGAGCCAACGCACUUGACUAAAUGACAACGUUCUGUAAAGAUUUACAGGCAUUUGAUUUCCAUAUAGUGUAGUUUACAUGUGCUGUUUUCUGCUGUAAACUAAGUUUAUAUAAAAUGCAAUAUAAUGCAAAUAAAAUUGUGGUUAUUUUUUUUAAAAGUACACAAAGUAGUGUAAUCGGAUGGCAAAUUGGGUUUCACUUGUGGCACUUUUACCUUCCUGAAAGGUAGCAGAUGAACUUUUCCAA